AUGCCCUCCUCCCCAAUCCCGCCGCACCGUUCCCGCAACACCCGAUUGACCGCCUCCCUCCUCUCCGCAUCCUGCACAUUCCGCAGCACAAACUCGUCGACCGUCUCCUCCGCAUGCCCCGCGACGCGCUUCAUAUACUCGACCGCUUCCCUCUGCUCCCAAACCUGCAAGCGUCUCCCCUCGGCCGGGAUAACGCCCUGCGCCCUGGGCUUUCCGUCCUGCGCGCGCAUGGCGCCGCCGCCCCACACGAAGGCGAGCACCUCCCUUCCCGGCGCGACCUUUGCGCCGCUGGCCAGCUCUACCGCAUGCGCGUCCCGCAGGCGCGCGAGGUAG